AUCAGCGUCCAUCGUGAUGGAAUUUCCAUUAAACAACAGCGUAUUGGCCGAUAAUUUGACCGUGACAGAGGCGAAUUCGUCUACCCGUUCGGAGCUUAAUCUACCGUACACAGUUUGUGAGAUCCUUGUGGCGGUUUGUGCGGUGUUCGGUAACGGACUGGUAAUCAUCGUUUUCAGCAAAGAGCGAAAACUUCGUCGACGAACGAACUAUUAUAUCAUCUCUUUAGCAACGGCCGAUCUGUUGGUUGGAUUGUUCGCCAUACCGUUCGCCAUUCUGGCUAGCAUCGGCUUACCGACGAACCUGCACGCUUGUCUAUUCACCGUCUCCGUGUUGGUCGUCCUGUGCACCAUCAGCAUCUUCUGCCUGGUGGCGGUGUCCGUCGAUCGUUACUGGGCGAUACUUCAUCCCAUGGGAUACUCCCGCACCGUACGCACUAAAACUGCCAUAGGUAUAAUUUGCGUGUGCUGGAUUGCCGGCACUCUGGUCGGCUUUCUGCCGCUUUUCGGUUGGAACGCGGGCGAGAAAUCCAACCAGAAAUGCAUCUUUACCGAGGUGAUGGAUUACGAUUACUUGGUGUUCCUAUACUUCGCCACGAUCAUCUUUCCCGCGCUAUUAAUUGCAGCCUUCUACGCUCACAUCUACCGAGUGGUUGUAAAACAGCUGCAACAAAUCGUGACGAUGAAUCCAGGUCGAAGGACCGGAAAUCAAACGACAGGAACGAUGCUGCGAUUACUUGGAGCAGCCAGGAAACGCGAAGUAAAAGCUACGCAAAAUCUGUCACGCAUAGUGAUCUUCUUCAUCAUCUGUUGGUUCCCUCUGUAUACCAUUAACUGCAUCAUGGCGUUCUGUCCGGGAUGCAAAGUGAACGAAAUCUUGAUGAAUUUCUGCAUCAUCUUGUCGCACAUGAAUUCGGCUGGUAACCCGUUACUAUACGCAUAUCAUUUAAAAGAUUUCCGCGCAGCGUUGAAGAACUUCAUGUGGAGGCUACUUUUCCCGCACAGCGACGUAAAGUCCAGCGUGAUUAGCGUGAUACACGAUCGUGGCUCUCUGGUUGGUUCGCAACGACAGCUACAAAGGCAGACGGGUAGUCAACCUGCAUCGAGAGGACAGAGAUCAAAUUUAUUGCGACAAGUGACUGACGUCAAAUUGAGGGGAUCAUAUUCGACGCCUCGCAAAGUUUCGAUUCGAGAGAAAGAGUUGUGCAACGCAAACGCAUCCAGUUCUUCGCACAGCGACAAGCCGGAAGUAGACGAUUGCGCGAACGACAAUACGACACAAGAUGACGAGUUCCGUCGAAACGGCAGCGAUAAUUUUAAGAUUAAAACGAUUGAUUCGAGUUUAUCGAUAACUCCGUCUCACAUUUCGUCCAUAGAAUUACAGACUUACAAACCUUUGAUACCGCUUCUUCCGGCGGAAGUCGAUCACGUCGAAGAGACGCCACCAUCCUCUAUUUUCGUGAUCGAAGUGGAUGUAAAUCACGUUGAUUCCGUUCACGAAAGUAUGGACGAACUGACGGAAAACAAAGAUAAAGGUUGAUGAUAUUUGGCGGGAUUUUCAUGUUCGAUCUAACUAAAUAAUCGAUGACAUCGUCGUCGAUAAUAACAAUUAAUGAAUCGUGAUUAUUUAAGUAUGAUUACCGAAAAUUAUGGAGCGUUGAAGGUUUUCUAAAAUCGAACACGAUGUAUUUUUGAUGUUAGUCUUGUAAUUUGAUGUAUGAUACUGUAAAUCCUGGUGUUAAUACUCGACACAAAAUGGCGGACAAAUAAACGUCGUGUGCUGCGUUAAAUGGAAUAUUUAAUCGAUGUUAUACUCGAACACCUCGCAAAACUAGAAAUAAAUGAAUUCGUGAGCUACAGAUAAAAUAUUCAUGUAAUUUACUUUCCAAAACUUGUAAAACAUGCUGUAUCAGUAAUAUGUUUCAA